CCCAAGAAUGGUGAAUAAAGAAGUUGAUAUCGCAGUAGAGAUCUACAUUGAAGGUGAGCCGCUAUACGUUAGAAACAAGUAUAACCAGAUGAUCCUAAUGCACCCCCCAGUUGGUAACAAGGGUCACGCUGGAGUAACUGUUGGGUUCCUAUCCUCCCGGUUUAGAGAGGGCCAGGUAGCAGCUCCACCCUCACUAGACCCUGACAUACCCCCUCCGUCUCGUUUCCCUAAAAGUAAACGACUUCUUGUUCACUUCCAUGGCGGAGGGUUCGUCUCUGGGAGCCACGUUCAGCACGAGGCGUAUCUGCGAGGUUGGUGUAGAGAGUUAGACGCAGUGGUUGUCUCUAUAAACUACGCUCUUGCUCCGGACAACCCUUUUCCUAAAGGACUGGACGAUUGUAUCUUCGCUUACGCGUGGUGUUUAGAGAAUCUUCAUACUCUGGGAUGUACGGGCAAGAGUAUCGUGUUUAUGGGGGACUCAGCAGGAGGUAACCUAGCUAUAGCCACAGCUAUGAGGGCUAAUAGUUACGGAUUGAGACCACCUGAUGGAAUACUAGCUGCUUACCCUGUUACUUACGUCAAAUACGCAGGGUCGGUGUCCCGUCUCCUCAGUACACUAGACAUUCUUCUCCCCUCCGGUGUAUUACAGUGCUGUCUCCGUGCCUACUCUGGAGUUCCAGUUGACAGUAAUAAUGGGUUCUGUGAGUGGAUGCAGACGGCGCAUCAUCCUACACUUCCUCAGAAAACAGACAACCAUCAGACGAUAUCGGAGCUGAACUCUAAAUACAUCAGUGAUAUCUGUGGCAAGAUGCCCAAAUACACGAUCCCAGCCGCUGCUGAGAUGCCCUCUUUCAGUACCCCAGAUACCACACCUGAACCAGUGGGUCCCACACCCCAACCAGAUACCACACCUGAACCAGUGGGUCCCACACCACAACCAGAUACUACAUAUGCCAUCACUACCCCUGAUUCUUCCCCUGAUCCACUUGCUACUACCUCUGUGGAUUACACUACUUCACCUGAAAAUCAUAUCCCGUCUGAUUCAAAUAUAUCUCCAUCAGAUGAUGUUACCAUAGAAUUACCUAUCCUCAGUUCAGAUCCAACUCUAGUGAUUGAAGAAACGACUGUUUCUAAAGUUGAACAAUUUAAUUUUAGUUCUGUUCAAGACGAUUAUGAAGGAGUUGACUCUGAGGAUGAGGUGGUUGAGCUGGAUACGAUCAGGAUAAACCCUAUUGUAUUCGACAAUACUCUGACCAAUAGUCCGGGCUAUAACACGUUUAAUAGUGAUAUCGUAGUUGAACAUGAAGUAGUGGCUGAUGCUGAAGAUAGGAUUAUUAUAAAUGAAAGUUACGACAACAUUGCGAACUCUGUUGUAGAGGGUGACAUUAAUGAUAUCGUAUCAGAGAGUCACACAGCCCUAGAUGCAGAUAGUAAUUCUUGUGAAAAUAGUGGACUUGUAAUUGAAGCCCAUUCCAGCUAUGUCCUUCUUGAUGAACAAAAAGAAGGGAAAAUUAACGAAUCAGAUAAUGGUCAUGUCGAAAUGGAGACUGAAAAUUCGGAACAAGUUGUUGAGAAUAAAAAAUCAGAACAAGUUGUUGAGGAUGAACAUCCGGAACAUGCUGUUGAGGAUGAACAGGCAGAACAAGUUGCUGAAAAUGAACUGUCGGAACAAGUUGUUGAGAAUGAACAUCCGGAACAAGUUGUUGAGAAUGAACAUCCGGAACAAGUUGUUGAGAAUGGAGACUCAGAGUACGAUUUAGUUGAGAGUAAGAAUGCUCCUGAGAAUGAGCUAGAUGAUACACAAGAAGUAGGAGAGGAAACUGAUGAAUCUGCAGAGAAAAGCAAACUAGAUAAUGUCGAAUGUGAAGUAGCAGAGGCGCCAGAAAUCAAGCAGGUGAAAGAGGUGCAAGAAAAUGCUGAAUCAGAAGUUACUGAAACGCAAGAAAAUGUGCAAUCUGAAGUUACAGAAACGCUAGAAGAUUUGCAAUCAGAAGUGACAGAAACGCAAGGAGAUGUGCAACCUGAAGUUAUGAACGACCAUGUCCAGGAAGCUGUUUUGGAUAAUGACUCACAACAAAACAGUUUAGCAGACGAAUUGGUUUCCUCUGAGGAGACGAAUGAAGGAGCAGCAGGAGCAGGGGCAGAAGGAGCAGCAGGUGCAGCAGGUGGAUCAGGAGCAGCAGGUGCAGCAGGUGGAUCAGGAGCAUCAGGAGCAGAAGGAGCAGCGCUUGCGCUUAUUGAGAUAGCAGAAGAAGAGAUAGCAGACGAAAUUGGGGAGUCUGCAGAAGACAAAACAUCGUUGACUAGCAGGAAUUCCCUAGACUUUGCGAACAAGCAUGACGAUAAAGAUCUUGAAAAGAUGCUAUACGAGGACAAUGAAACUAGGUUUAAAGGAGCUAAGCUCGUGCUCACUCCCAACCACCAAGAGUCAAAAACCGCACCUACAACUCCAGCUACUCCGGUUACUCCUGGCAAGAAGCUGAAAGAGGCCACAGUCGUCAGGGAUUAUGAUGCAACCUUAGAUGUGUACCCCGAGCCAGCGUACGUUAUCAAUCCCGGAGAGAUUGCGACGAGAAAGAACGCUACUUUGCUCCAGAAGUAUUUUGAUGACCCGUUCAUGUCACCCUAUCUGGCUGAUCCGGAAACACUGGCAGCGCUUCCUCCUAUACAUGUUGUGUCCGCUGAAUACGACCCACUAUUGGAUGACUCCAUCGCUUUCUGCCGUAAAGUGAAAGAAGCUGGAGGUGAGGUAUCUCUAGAGAUAGUGCCUGGAAUGACGCAUGGUUUCCUGAACCUUGUGUUAAGCAGCAAGGCUUGUGCUGACGCGGGGAAGCUGUGUUUGGUUGCUGUCAGUAAGAUGUUCGAUAGAGGCGAAGAAAAAUGAGAUUUAAAAUUUAUCAAUUUGUGACAUCUUGUUAUUUUCUGCUGGUCAGGAAUUAGUUUAUUUAAGUGUUGACAUUUUUAGUUACCCAGCAUUAAGUUAUGAUAUUAUAUUCUCAGUUGUUUACUUUCAGUGAUUUUGUUGAUUUUGCGUAGGUGUGAAACUUUUUGAUUUUGACUUUGUAACAGAGACAACAUAUAAGUGUUGCCUCUGCUUUGUAAUAACUUUCAAUGUAUUUGUGAAAUAAUAUUUUAGCGUAAACAUUGUAAAUAUUUUGCCUGCUUAUAAACAUCUUAAAGAGUUCAAAAUAUCGACAGACUGUUUAAUUUUAUUUAUCGCAUUUCUUUAACAUAGUUAAAUAUCCUUAAAAUGCCCCUUACAUAUUUUAAGGGCUACGUUUGUAUGCAUCAUUAUAUCAAUUAUUUGCUUAUAUUUCCUACUUAUCUUCAAUAUCAUUGCAUCCAAGCUUUUGGCUUUUCAGUGUUUCAAAUGCUUUAGUUUUGUAUUCACGUUUUGUGACGAUUCCUUUACAUUUAUUUGCACAGU